CGCCUUCCUGCGCAUGGGCCGCACCAUGAAGGAGGACCUGGGCGCCGUGGUGGAGCGGCUCAAGCCGCUCUUCCCCGCCGAGUUCGACGUGGUGGCCACCUACGCCCGCAGCUACCACCAGCUCUUCGCGGCGCACGCGGGCGCCCUGGCGCAGUUCGAGCUGUGCGAGCGUGACACCUACCUGCUGCUGCUCUGGGCGCAGAACCUGUACCCCAAUGAAAUCCUCAACAGCCCCAAGCUGGCGGGGGAGCUGCAAGGCGUGGGUCUGGGAGGCCUCCUAAGCACCCAGCAGGUCAGAUUGUUGGAGAACACGUUCCUGUCCAAUGAGGUGGCCAACAUGAGAGAGCUGAUGACCCGAGCCUUGAACCUGGAGUCCCAGCGCUGGGCCCAAGAUGUGGCCCCCCAGAGGCUGGAUGGCCACUGCCACAGCGAGCUGGCCAUAGAUAUCAUGCAGAUCAUCUCCCAAGGUCAGACCAAGGCCGGGUCCAUCACCCCCGCCCUGGCCACGCAGAUAUCCCACAUGCUGCUGGGGGAGCUGCUUGAGCUCCUGAGGAGCUACCAGUGUGCCUUUGAUGAGUUUCUGGAGCGAGGCAGACAGCUGAGACACUACAGGGCCAAUGUCAUGGCCAACAUCAACAACUGCCUGUCUUUCCGGACGUCCAUGGAAUCCAUGGAGCAGAACCAGCAGAUACCACAGAAUCUCCUAGGCCACCUGCUGACCCCCCUAACUGAGCUCAAGGCUCGUGGCUUCCACACCCUGCUCCAGAGCCUGUUCACGGACCUGAAGCCGCUCUUUAAGAGGUUCACGCAGACCCGCUGGGCGGCAGCUGCAGAGACCCUGGAUGAGAUCCUGGCCCUGGUGUCCCAGAGGCUGCCCGAGUUCUUGGAACUGCACGCCUGUUUCCGGGAGGAGCUCAUGGGGGCCGUGCACUUAAACCUGGUGAAGGAAUACAUCAUCCGCCUCAGCAAGCGGCGCCUGGUGCUCAAGACCGCAGAGCAGCAGCAGCAGCUGGCCAGACACAUCCUGGCCAACGCCAACGCCAUCCAGCACUUCUGCACGCACAAUGGGUCCCCCGCAACCUGGCUACACCCCGCCCUCCCCUCUCUCGCUGAGAUCAUCCGACUGCAGGACCCCAGCGCCAUCAAGAUCGAGGUGGCCACCUACGCCACCUGCUACCCUGACUUCAGCAAAGACCACCUGAGCGCCAUCCUGGCCAUCAAGGGGAACCUGUCCAGCAGCGAUGUCAGGAGCAUCCGGAACAUUCUAGACAUCAGCACAGGGGUGCAGGAGCCCUCCAGGUCCCUGUUUUCACUUAUAAAUGUUGGUUAGCGUUUGCUGCGGUCUGACCUGCUUGUGAGGGACAGCGAGCAUCGGGCACUGUCCCACCGGCUCCUCCGCUCUGCCCACCCCUUCUGCCAGCCAGGCACUGGACUAGAACCCCGGCGGCUGGAAGUGGACAGACUCCAGUCUGCUGAGGG